GCAGGAAGGAAGAGCCUCAGCUUGACCAGUCUCAACAGAGCGCCGCUCUGUCUGUAUCUCUGCAGACUGUUAACGUCUCCGGGUCGUUAAAUGAGAUGUAAACUUAACUGUGCAAACUAUGCAGAUAAAUUAACUGUUACUCACAGCGCGUCGGUUUGGAAAAAUAUCAGAACAGUUGCAUAUAACCAGGAUGGAGUUCUUUUUGCGGACUUUCGUUUAGUUUUCGUUUUCACUGCUGCGGAGCAAAAAAGGAGGGAGGGAGACGCGUCUCUGUCGGAGCAUAAACUGCAGCAUGAUAGAAUAAACACAUUAGCCCGGUUCUACGAUCUCCCUGCUUUGGCAGAUCGUCAGCACGUUAAUAUCCUUCACGAUCUAAGAUUGUUAUAUCGCCCACCACUACAGGAAGCUUUAAAAUGGUAUCUAAAAAGGCUUUGGCCAUCGGUGGUGCUAUCACCUUCGUGGUUGUCCUCGUUCCAUCGGUACUGCUGUUCGAAGAUACGUUCAUGAAUAAGUGCUUGGAGGUUAAAGAGGAAGAAAAAACCUGUAAAAGAGCAUUGGUUCUCUUCAAACAAGCCUAUGUAGGGAAGGACCCGGAUACUGUCACUCCAGACAAUUAUAAAGAACUCUUUGAUCUGAUCCCCUUCAAUCAUCCAUGCAAAAAAACAAUGCUGUGGAGCAAAACAAGUGAUUUGGUCAAGUUGGUUGAAAAAGGAAAAUGCUACGUCCCCAUUGCACACAAUAAGUUGGGAUACGUGCUGGACGAUUUUAAAUGGUGUGGGAAGAAGAACAGCAAGGAAACUUUCACUGGUGCCGAGUGCAGUGACAAGCAGGACAAAAUCCCUUCUUAUUCAUUUUGGACCAUGGCCUCCAUCAGGUAUGCACAACAUGCCUGUGAAGAAGUCAAAGCGCUGCUGAAUGGAGAUGUGGAAGUCCCAUACGAUACUAAGAGUUUCUUUGGACGUUUUGAGGUACCUAAACUUGAUCAUACCAAAGUGACGAAACUGGAUGUUAUUCUGGCUGUUAAGAAGAAAGGGAUGCAGUGCAACGACGAAUCCCUCAAGAAUUUAAAAAAUGAGCUGAAACAAAAAGGAAUCGGUUACGAUUGCAAGGAAGUGCUCAGAUGCCAAGUGAAGAAAAUAUUAAAUACCUGCUGAUGGAGUCUGUAAAUGUCAAGAGUUACUCAAAAUGUGAUUUGACUGACUCAGUUGUGAUCGCACAAUAAAAAUAAUUUGAGCAAAAAUGAAA